AUAGAAAGACAUGCAUGUGUACAUAAAACUUUGACAGUGGAGAUAGUGGAACGUUAGGUAAUACGAGCCAGGAUGGAUGACAAGGUGGAUGACAAAGAUGAGGACAGCUGCAGUAUAUACCCGAGCCUGGUGCCACUUGGCAGUGAAAUUAAGGCCAGGAUGCAACAUUGGAUGGAGGACAGAACAGAGACUGCUAUGCCAUUGCCAUUGUGGACUGGUGUGCUGGUCGUAGCUGUACUGACUGUGUUGGCAGUGUCUCUCAUCGGCAUGGUUGUGUUUUUAUUCUACAGAAGAUACAAACAGUACAAGGAGCAGCAGCCUCACUAUCGCUUCAGGAAAAGAGACAAAGUUAUGUUUUAUGGCAGAAAGAUCAUGAGAAAGGUGCAGACUUUGUCCUCUACCUCAACCCCUACCUCUACCUCCGAGUCACAGAAGCAGCGAAUCAGGAAGAGAACUAAAGUCCUGUCUAUAGCGCGAAAAAUACUGCGCAUUAGGAGGGAGCCCCCCACCCUGGUGGCUAAGGAGCCCCCUCCCUCUUUGCUGGAGGCUGACCUCACAGAGUUUGACGUGCAGAACUCUCACCUGCCCUCUGAGGUGCUCUACAUGCUUAAGAACGUCAGGGUCCUGGGACACUUUGAGAAGCCUCUGUUCCUGGAGCUGUGCCGUCACAUGGUGUUUGUGCAGCUCCACGAGAUGGAGACACUCUUUCGUCCCGGGGACAUCGACGACAGCAUCUACGUGGUGCAAGACGGCCGUCUGGAGCUCUGCAUACGUGAGAGUGAUGGGACAGAUGUGGUGGUAAAGGAGGUGUUUCCAGGAGACAGUGUCCACAGUCUGCUCAGUAUCCUGGAUGUCAUCACUGGUCACUCAGCCCCCUACAAGACAGUAUCUGCCAGAGCUGCAACCCCUUCUACCAUACUGCGUCUUCCAGCUGCUGCCUUCCACUCUGUGUUUGAGAAAUACCCAGAGACCCUGGUCCGUGUUAUCCAGAUCAUCAUGGUACGCCUGCAGAGAGUCACCUUCCUGGCCCUUCACAACUACCUAGGCCUUACCACCGAGCUCUUCAAUGCAGAGAGACAGGCGAUCCCCCUUGUGGCAGUGCACAGUGUGAUAGGUGAAGCCAACCCGAACAGGGGUCGAGACAGACAUCAAUCUCGAUCUGAUGAGUCUGGCCAUGAGAAGGGGCCCAGCGACACAGAAAUUGGAGAGAGGAAGUCCUGUCUUUCAAAUAGCAGCCCAACCACUAAAGGAAAAAGUUCUCGCUCCCAGUCCACUCCUCUGGCAGUGUCAAGUGCCACAUCGGCUGACCUCAACAUGGCAUAUCAGCGAGCCAGAAUAACAGAAGAAGCAGCUAAAGCAGACACACCACCACCAAGUCCCCAGGUCCCACACAAGUCCAUUCUGAAGAAGAGUGUGACCAUGGUGCACACUCCCUCUGCUGUGUUUCACUACUCUGAGGCUGGAGGAGGUCAGUCAGGUCACAUCCACCACAGCAAGGUCAACGCCAUCUUCCAGGCUGCCAAGAUGGACCUGCAGCGCCUCAUACAACUACAGGACCCCAGUCUGCUGGAGGGCAGGGUGACUCUGCGUCAGGUCAAAGCUGGCUGUGUGUUGAACAGCCAGGGGGACCAGGAUGCAAGUGUGCAGUUUGUGAUCUCGGGGGCGCUCCAUGUGUACCAGCGGACGAUCGACCGCGAGGAGGACACCCUGCUGUUUCUGACUCACCCAGGGGAGAUGGUGGGUCAUCUGGCCGUGCUGACUGGUGAACCCCUCAUCUUCAGCGUCCGAGCACACAGGGACUGCACCUUCCUGUCUAUCUCUAAAGCUGCCUUCUAUGAGAUCAUGCGCGAAGAGCCAAGGGUGGUGCUGAAUGUGGCUCACACCGUGGUGAAGAGGGUGUCAGGCUUCGUCAGGCAGAUAGACUUUGCUCUGGACUGGAUGGCUGUGGAGGCUGGCCGCACUGUCUACAGGCAGGGAGACAAGUCGGACAGCACCUUCAUCGUCCUCAGUGGCCGCCUGCGCUCUGUCAUCGCAAAGGAUGAUGGGAAGAAGGAGUUGGCCGGAGAGUAUGGUCGCGGUGACCUCAUAGGGGUGGUGGAGGCCCUGACCCACAUGAACCGAGCCACUACAGUGCACGCCAUCAGGGACUCUGAGCUAGCCAAGCUGCCUGAGGGGGCCCUCAGCUCCAUCAAGAGGAGGUAUCCGCAGGUAGUGACCAGACUCAUCCAUCUGCUGGGACAGAAGAUCCUUGGAAAUAUGCAGCAGGUUCACGGACCCUUGGCAGCCCGUGGUCUGACGCUACAACCCCCCAGCAGUAAGUGGGAUUCAGGGAGCCCGGCCUCUAACCUGUCCACUGUGACCAUCCUGCCUGUGUCAGAGGAGGUGCCUCUUACAGCCUUCACACUGGAGCUGCAGCAUGCACUCAGUGCCAUUGGUCCCACCUUACUCUUGACCAGUGACAUCAUCAAACAGCGACUGGGUGCUGCCGCACUGGACAGUGUGCAUGAGUACCGCCUGUCCAGCUGGCUGGGGCAGCAGGAGGACAUCCACCGCAUCGUUCUCUACCAAUCAGACGAUACCUUGACCCCCUGGACCCAGCGCUGCAUCCGCCAGGCCGACUGCAUCAUCAUAGUGGGACUGGGAGAGGCCGAGCCGACCGUGGGCGAGUUGGAGCGGAUGCUGGAGGGCAGUGCAGUGCGGGCCCAGAAGCAGCUGAUCCUGCUGCACAGGGAGGACGGUCCCCCGCCUCAGGGCACUGUGGAGUGGCUCAACAUGAGGAGCUGGAUCUCCAGACACCUGCACCUCUCCUGUCCACACAGGGUCUUCUCCAAGAGGAGCCUGCCUAAACUGAGAGAGAUGUACCAGCGUGUGUUCCAGAAGCCUCCAGACCGCCACUCUGACUUCAGCCGUCUGGCCAGAGUCCUGACAGGCAACACCAUCGCCCUGGUGCUGGGGGGAGGGGGUGCAAGGGGUUGCUGUCAGGUUGGCAUCCUGCGGGCGCUCAAUGAGGCGGGUAUCCCUGUGGACAUGGUGGGCGGCACCUCCAUCGGCUCCCUGAUGGGGGCGCUGUACGCUGAGGAGAAGAGCAACAGCCGUAUGAGGGUCCGCGCUCGCGAGUGGGCCAUGGACAUGAGGUCCAUCUUCAAGAAGGUGUUCGACCUGACGUACCCGGUGACCUCCAUGUUCUCUGGGGCCUCCUUUAACAACAGCGUCAGCGCUGUAUUUAAGGGCAAACAGAUCGAGGACCUGUGGAUCCCCUACUUCAACAUCACCACAGAUAUCACUGCUUCAUCCAUGAGGGUUCACACUGAUGGUUCCCUAUGGAGGUAUGUGCGUGCCAGCAUGUCACUGUCUGGGUACCUGCCACCCCUCUGUGACCCCAAAGACGGACACUUACUCAUGGACGGUGGCUACAUAAAUAACCUACCUGCUGAUGUAGCUCGCUCCAUGGGAGCCAAAGUAGUAAUAGCCAUCGAUGUGGGCAGCCAGGACGAGACUAACCUCACCAACUACGGUGACUCACUGUCUGGCUGGUGGCUGCUAUGGAAACGCUUCAACCCCCUGGCAAAGAAAGUCCAGGUCCUGAACAUGGCUGAGAUCCAGACCAGGCUUGCGUAUGUGUGCUGCGUUCGUCAGCUGGAGUUAGUUAAAGACAGCGAGUACUGCGAGUACAUCCGGCCGCCCAUUGAUCACUACGGCACCUUAGAGUUUGGCAAGUUCGAUGAGAUCGCCGAAGUGGGCUACCAGCACUGUAAGACAGUCUUUGACAUGUGGAGUCGUAGUGGGGUUGUGGACAAGAUGAUGAAAGACAGACAUCAAGAGGAAUUUCAUAACACGAAGAGCGGCAAUGUGGUCACGUGUCCCAAUGCCUCCUUCACUGACCUGGCAGAGAUUGUCUCUCGAAUUGAGCCUGUCAAACCAGUCCUGGUGGAAGAGUUAUCAGAUGAAUACCAAACAGACUAUGAUGAGGAGGCUAUAGAGAGUGCUCUCUCUGACUUUGACAUGUCUAACCCCAACAGUGGAGCGGAACACACAGAGGGGGAGGAGACUGCAGACACAGAUGAAGAGAUUCAGAUCAAGGUCCGAUGUCAGCAAACCACAUGACCACCAAACCGUCAGACUGUGCUGAUGAUGCAUACAUCCAGUUAGCAGUGGUCCUCAAUUCCAGUCUAGACUUUUCAAAAUGCACUAUUUAAAAAAAUUAUUUUAGCAGAUGCUCUGCAGUAUGUCCAAACACGAAUGAAGGACAAAUGUACACUUUGUCCUCUUUGACAUGAAAAGGGAUUUUCCCAAUCAGGGAGCAGAGAUUUAUAUUAUAUCACUAAUAUCGUAUCAUGUACACACCUUGAGGGGAGGUGUGGAAUGUACAAUGUGAAUUGUGAGUUCAUGUAGGGGAGCCAAAAUAAGCACAAGUCAUACAGUUGAAGUCGGAAGUUUACAUACACUUAGGUUGGAGUCAUUUAAAACUUGUUUUUCAACCACUCCACACAUUUAUUGUAAACAAACUAUAGUUUUGGCAAGUCAGUUAGGGCAUCUACUUUGUGCUUGAAACAAUACAUUUUUCCAACAAUCGUGUACAGACAGAUUAUUUCACUUAUAAUUCAAGUAUCACAAUUCCAGUGGAUCAGAAACUGGUGUAACUGAGUCAGGAAUGUAGGCCUCCUUGCUCGCACACGCUUUUUCAGUUCUGCCCACAAAUGUUCUAUGUGAUUGAGGUCAGGGCUUUGUGAUGGCCACUCCAAUACCUUGACUUUGUUGUCCUUAAGCCAUUUUGCCACAACUUUGGAAGUAUACUUGGGGUCAUUGUCCAUUUGGAAAACCCAUUUGCGACCAAGCUUUAACUGAUGUCUUGAGAUGUUGCUUCAAUAUAUCCACAUAAUUUUCCUACCUCAUGAUGCCAUCUAUUUUAUGAAGUGCACCAGUCCCUCCUGCAGCAAAGCACCCCCACAACAUGAUGCUGCCACCCACGUGCUGCUUUACGGUUGGGAUGGUGUUCUUCGACUUGCAAGCCUCCCCCUUUUUCCUCCAAACAUAAAGAUGGUCAUUAUGGCCAAACAGUUCUAUUUUUGUUUCAUCAGACCAGUGAUCUUUGUCCGCAUGUGCAGUUGCAAACUGUAGUCUGGCUUUUUUAUUUUUGAUGGUGGUUUUGGAGCAGUGGCUUCUUCCUUGCUGAGCGGCCUUUCAGGUAAUGUCGAUAUAGGACUCGUUCACUGUGGAUAUAGAUACUUUUGUACGUUCAUCUCUAGGAGACAGAAUGCGUCUCCUUCCUGAGCGGUAUGAUGGCUACGUGGUCCCAAUAAUACUUGUGUACUAUUGUUUGUACAGAUGAACCCGGUACCUUCAGGCGUUUGGAAAUUGCUCCAAAGGAUGAACCAGACUUGUAGAGGUCGACUAUUUUUUUCUGAGGUCUUGGCUUAUUUCUUUUUAUGUCCUAACCACCUUGCCAAAACUAUAGAUUGUUAACAAGAAAUGUGUGUUGUGGUUGAAAAACAAGUUUUAAUGACUCCAACCUAAGUGUAUGCAAACUUCCGACUUCAACUGUAUUAUACCAUAAUAAACUGGGUCCCAUCCUUACAAACUCACCUGCACAUACACAGUGAGAGCACUUCUCUAAAUGUGCUGCUGUUUGCACAGAUCCAACAUGCUGUUGAUCAAAACCCUAUUGUAGCGAAUUCGGGGGUAGUCUCUUGGUGUCGGGUUAAGGUCGCUACACUAUAAUUUCUCAGCUGUUACGUUUAGGUUAGGUUGUAUUAUGAUCAAGGUCAUUGCAUUUACAUUUCAUUCAGUAUACUGUGGUUGCAUCGUGAAACUAUAUGAACUAAACCCAGAUGAUCGUGGUCACGCAAGCAUAUCCGUGCAUCUUUAUACUCCCUUAUUUCAGUUGCCAUAUGUGCCUUUCACAUAUGCUCCACAACAGCUCCUUUUUUUUGACUGACUGAUUGAUAGUGAUUUGAUUUGAUUUCCUUAUUACAAUCAAUCUCAUUAGAUUGGGUUGCAAAACAAUCAUAUUGUAUAGUAUUGUGACGUUAUUGUUGUUCAGAGUGUAUGUAUGUCCUCAUCACUUUAUGUACUGGAUUAGUAAAUGUUAUCAGUUAUAACUGGUUAACUCUGACAGCCCUAGUUAUCACUUUAAGGAAUGUAGCAGAAGUAUUGUUAUUUGCAUUGUUAGGAGGAAACUUGAGCGCCGUAUUAGCAGGGAUGUGUCAGUGAUACCAUACGGUAUGUGUUUAUUCUAGUCAGGGUUAUGGAAUAUCUGUGGUACACUACUAAGAAGAAAAGGUGGAGGAGUAUCAGAAAAUAGAUCGUACUUUGAUAGUAUUUUAUUGACACGCUUCCCACUGAGCUCACCCUGGUUGAAUCAACAAUAUGUCCACGCAAUUUAAAUGAACUUGUAUUGAAACGACUUGGAAUAGAGGUUGAAUUGACGUCUGUGACCAGUGGGUUUAGUCUUUUAUGAUUUGAAAACCGAUUUAAAAUAAUAAUGACUUGAUUAUGAAUUCAUUACAUUGUGAAUGAAUUACUGGUUGACUGAAUGGGCGACCUAAUAUUCUUCUUCAAAUAACUGUUAACUCCUUUUUGUCUACUGCAAUUCAGCUUUUAGCUGUGAUUGUGUACAAGGCAGACUAACUAAUAAUAAAACCUUGAUAUAUUAGUGACAAAAACGAGUUAACAAUCAAUGUCGACCGAUAGGCUGUUACUCUGUUUAAAGCCUUUCACUAUGUUAUGCUGUCGGUAACCUCGUCCUCAUGCUAUUGCGCAUUUGGGAAAAGGUGUCUGGGAACGAGAUUAUGCUGUCAGUAGCCCAUUUAGUAUUCAUGUGUGAGAUAUGUAAUGACUAAUAAAUUGCACUGACUUCUA